GCGGGCAGAGACUUUCCAAGACAGCCGGCUUCCCAACUCCCUCCAUGAACACACUGAGACCCGGAGGGCACCUUCGCCCCCUCGUCAUUCGCGUGCAGAAAGAGUUAACAAGUAAAACAGCAAAGCCAUCGGAAGUGAGAGACGCACCCGCUCCAAAAACAAAUUAACCAGAAGGCCUGGUGAAGUGAUGGGCACCGCACACCGACUGAGCGUGCGCAGGGGAAGCCACUGAUCGGAGGGACACGGAAAGAGCUAAGCGGAGGAAAGAGCCCGUGGGCUGGGUAUUCAGCAGGUCUGAAGAUGACCACAGCAACACGGCAAGAAGUCCUUGGCCUCUAUCGCAAAAUUUUCAGACUUGCAAGAAAAUGGCAGGCAGCAUCAGGGCAGAAGGAAGACACCAUGAAAGAAAAACAGUACAUACUCAGUGAAGCCAGAGCGCUGUUCCAGAAAAACAAAAACCUCACAGACAUAAACCUGAUUAAACAGUGUAUAGAUGAAUGCACUGCCAGGAUUGAAAUUGGACUGCAUUACCAGAUUCCUUACCCAAGACCAAUUCAUCUGCCUCCAAUGAGCCUUACACCACUACAAGGCCGAGGACUUCGAACCCAAGAGAAACUGAGGAAACUUUCCAAACCAGUAUAUCUCAAGUCUCAUGAUGAAGUUUCUUAACCCAGAAGAUAUUUGUUUCUGCAAAUGAUGAACCAAUUUGCUCUUGACUGUAAAUCAUACAAUAAGACCCUUCUCCUUGACUAAGGGCAACAAUUGAAAUAUCUUCUUGGUGUUUCCAAAUUGGUCUUUACCACUGAUGUGUACCUGUACAGCCCUCCUCUGAGUAUGGCUGCUGAGUGAAUGAAAUUAACUCUAGGGUGAUGAGCCUUACAUCCUCACUGAAGCUUACCUGGGAAUGCCAUUCUUCACAUAUCGCUGGUGGAAAGAAAUUAGCCAGUUGCUGGAAGUUCUCAUGGCUACUCUAAAAUUAUUUAUCACCCUCAGAAUCUUUUUGAGGGAUUUUUCUUCAAGUUACACUUGCUAUUUUUGCUGUCCUUUUACCCUUCUAAUUUCCAGAUGAACUGCCCUCAGAAAGUCCAUCUUUGGAUUAAUUGUGGUUUUCUAUGGAACCUUUAUGACAUUCAUCCCCCACGUCCCCUGCCCACACAUACACAAAAGUUCAUGCCUUAGUUAAGUGCAAAUUUUACCUUAUCUUAAAUUCUAUGAUUAAGAAAGAUGUACUUGGUAUCUGAAAAGUUUCCUUGAAACUCAUUUACAUUCAUUGUACUUUAGCAUAAUAGAAAAGUACAUGGUCUAAGCUGACUCUCAAAUUAAAUAAAAAAAAGGGGACAAAUAGAGAUGAAAACACAAAGGAUUUGCACUCUUCCCUGGGAAGUCAUCUGAGAGUUCAUGGCAUCCAUGUCAGCCUCUCAUACCUCCAAAGAGAGUGGGUAUGACUAAUAAAAAAAAAUCACUUCUGAU